AGAGGAAGAAGAAGAAGCUGAGGCUGAAGCAGAAACAAAGAGAUUUGUGCAGAUUUAAGUAAAAAUGAAAAAUGAGUGAAACCCACAGGGAGUUCUGAUGAGGAUUGCAUCGGAGGACUGAUUCUUCUUGUGUGCGUGAAGCAGAACCAGCCUCAUCAUGUCUGAGGAGGCCGCAGGACCAGAGCGAGGUCUGGAGGAGGAGGAACAGGGAGGAGGAGGAGAGGGGGGUGAAGAGGAAGGAGGAGGAGAGGUUACUGUGGAAACACCCAACACUCCUGUGUACUGUGUGUGCAGGAAGCCAGACAUCAACUGCUUCAUGAUAGGGUGUGACAGCUGCACUGAGUGGUUUCAUGGAGACUGUAUCGGAGUUUCAGAGAAAGCAGCUAAGUCCAUCCGAGUGUGGUACUGUCCGUCCUGCAGAGACAGAGACUCGUCUCUGGAGAUUAAAUACCGUCUGAAGAAAACCAAGGAGGAGAAAGAGGCAGAGCCAGAGAGAGACGAUAAAUCUGACCGAGAUGGGCGCUCCAGCCCCCAGCCCAAAACUGACAGGAGGCGGGGCUCACAGGUGAACUGGCAACAGAUCAAGCGCUCGGCCAGGAUGUGUGGAGAGUGUGACGCCUGCUUGAGGACAGAGGACUGCGCUCAGUGUGACUUCUGUAAAGACAUGAAGAAGUUCGGAGGUCCAAACAAAAUCCGACAGAAGUGUCGACUGAGGCAGUGCGAGGUCCGAGCACGGAAGAUGCUUCGUGUCAGAGAUGAGGAGAUGAGUCGAAGUGGCACCAGGGGGCGGGGACUACUCAGGAAAGGGGUGGGGCAUCAGACUGAAGACGAGGAGGAGGAAGAGGAGGAGGAGGGAUUCAGUGAGAGUGAGCUGGAGCUGUAUGAGCAGUAUAAAGCUGCUGGCUACAGAGACCUGGUGUGGCACAGCGAGGAAGAGGACGCCCAGUCAGACUCUCUGAGGAAGAAAGCGGUGAAAGUGAAACACGUGAAGAGGCGAGAGAAGAAGACAGAGAAGAAGAAGUCUGUGUCCACCCCUAAAGAGGAGGUGAAGCCUCGCCGCCACAAGGCAAAGCAGCGUCACAAGGAGCGUGUACGGCACAGCGAGCGAGCAGGAGAGGGCGGUGUUAAAGAGGUGGGCGGGGCUCUGAGGCAGUGUCUAGGUCCUGGAUGUGUCGAAGCAGCGAGGGUCAACUCCAAAUACUGUUCAGAGGACUGUGGCAUGAAGCUCGCAGCCAAUCGUAUCUAUGAGAUCCUGCCUCAGAGGAUCCAGCAGUGGCAGCAGAGUCCUUGCGUUGCCGAGGAGAUGGGGCGGAGACAGCUGGAGCGAAUCAGGAGGGAGCAGCAGGCGGCGAGACUACGUCUCACUCUGAUGGAGAAACGUUUCCAUGAACUCGAAGGCAUCAUCGCUAACGCCAAACUGCAGCAGGUGCAGCACCAUGAGGAGGUGACUGAGGGUGAUGGUGAUGACACAGACCUUCAGAUCUUCUGUGUUUCUUGCAGUCAUCCUAUCAACCCAAAGGUGGCGCUGAGACACAUGGAGAGAUGCUAUGCUAAGUAUGAGAGUCAGACGUCAUUUGGUUCCAUGUACCCAACACGUAUAGAGGGGGCCACCAGGUUGUUCUGUGACGUGUACAACCCUCAGAGUAAGACGUACUGUAAGCGGCUGCAGGUUUUAUGCCCUGAACACUCCAGGGAUCCAAAGGUCCCGGCAGAUGAGGUCUGUGGUUGUCCUCUGGUCAAAGACGUCUUCGAGCCGACUGGAGACUUCUGUCGUGUUUCCAAGAGGAAGUGUAACAAACAUUACUGCUGGGAGAAACUUCGCCGAGCCGAGGUCGACCUGGAGAGAGUCCGAGUGUGGUACAAGCUGGACGAGCUGUUCGAGCAGGAGAGGAACCUGAGGACGGCCAUGACCAAUCGAGCCGGUUUAUUGGCUCUGAUGCUGCACCAGACCAUCCAGCAUGACCCAGUCACAACUGACCUGCGCUCUGCCAAGGACAGGUAGAGACAGGUAGAGACAGGUAGGCAGUCAGAAGGUAUAGACAGGUAAGAGACAGGUUUAAUAUUUCAGGCUCAGACAUCAAAACAACCAAAUGCAUUGUGAGAAACAGAGUCCAGAAGCACAUUAGAUAAAAGAUCUCAUAAUCAGGUGUUUUUAAAGUUAGGAGAUUAUCUUGUAAUUACUACAUACAGAUUGUGUCAAUACAAAAUAGGUAUCAAAAUAUUCAGACUUCUUAUUUGUAAUUAUGGAUAAAGCUCUUAUCUGUGACAGGUUUGUAAUUACAAGGUAACAAUUAUAAGAUUUUUUAAGAUAAAUAUGAAUAAAAUAAAUCUGAUCUCUAAUCACAUUUAUCUUGAUUAAUAUGAGGUAUAGAUCAUGUCAUUACAAGAUAAAGGUCUGUGUAUUAUGAGAUAAUCUCAUUGUACUGUAUAUGUAAAAUAACGAUUGUGUUAUUGCCUUAAUUCAAAAAUAACAUGUCACAGUUAUGAAUUAUAAUGCUUUUUCUCUGGUGAAGUGAAGCUGAUCUCAGCUCAGGUGUCAGUCUGUGAACUGGUCUCAUCAUGCUCAUGAAAUAAACACAUUAGUCAAAGUCACAUAAGCUCCAAUGAUAAAUAAUGCUGAUACCAAACAGUAUUAACACUGAGGUCUCCUGUAGAGACUUGUUGUGGCAAAGUGAUCUAUUAAAUAACUUUCAGAGCUUUUACACUCAGUGAGUGUAAAAUAAAAACUUAACAUCAGCUCUGAAAGUUAUUACACAUUUAUUUCUGCAGAAAGGAGCAAUCUCUAAAGAGUGUCUAACCAGUCUGAUGGAGAGGCUCCCAGAACAGAGUGCUACUUCUCUUCUUAUACACACACAUACAAUUGCAGGAAACAAAUGCUCAAACAGAUGGGCAGCAGGAUACCAGUUAUUACAGGAUACUAGCCAUCUGCUUCAGCAGUCACACAAAGGCAUGAAAAUCUUUACGAACAUGCUGACACAAUAAACGGUCUGGUGUCACAAUCACACACAUAUGCCUGUAUACCAUGACUACAAAGCAACAGCCAAUAAACUACAAAGGGUGCUACCAUAAAAUUCCCACUACAGACCACACUACAGUACCCACAGUUCACUGCACAGCUCCAGUAAAGUGAGCUUCAUCAGACCUUGUGGAGGUUUAAGAUUCACUGUCAAAUGUUGUGCACAGACGGACAAAAGAACAGGAAUGGAUGUUCUGAUUUUAUUGCACUUAGCUUUUAUUCUCAUGUUGUUCUUAUUGUUCUUGUCUCUGUAUGAUUUUAUAUGUGUCCUGCUAGAGUUGGUUUUAUAUUUUGUAUUGUUUGAUCAUGUUGUAUUCAGUUUGAUGUUUCAUUAAAAAAAGUUAAAAUGCUGUUGAUUUCUUCUGGCUUUGAUCAUUUUAAGGCAGAAUACCAAGAGUUGCCAGU